AUCCUGAAAAGUUUAUUCCGAAAAGAUUUUAUGAUUCCCAAGAAAUUAAAAAUCAUCAGAAAUUUUCAUUUUCAAUGUUUGGUGGAGGUUUAAGAGCAUGUAUAGGUAAAAAUAUUGCAAUGCUUCAAAUGAAAUUAUUAUUGACUUUACUUUAUCGUUAUAGAAAGGUUGAUGUUGAACUUGUGGAUAUGAAUGCACCUCUUAAAAUCAGAAAUUCGACAUCCAAUCUUUGUGAAAAUUUACAG